AUGGAUAUCUCCGAUCUCAUCGAACCGCCGCAAAAGCGUCUAAAAACCGAAAAUGUCGCUGACACGGCCGAUGUCGCACUUCCCGCGACUGUCGCAGUAGGCGCUCUACAGCCUGCAGCGGACGACCAGUUGUCGCGAGAGAUUGAAGUUGGAAUCACCGAGUUUGUCAGCGCAGACAAUGAGGGCUUUGUGGGAAUUCUGAAGAAACGAUACACCGAUUUCCUUGUCAACGAGAUCCUACCGUCCGGGAAAGUUUUGCAUUUGCAAAGCACCGCCGUGCCGAGGGAAGAUGGAGAUAACUCUGCGCCUGUGGAGAAGAAACUGGAGGAGAACUCAGAGGAGAAACAAAACAAGCCAGAAACUCCAGUGGAGGAAUCGCCGGCCCCUGUGGAGCUUCAACUCUCCGAUGAGGACAAGUCACUACUCGAGUCUUUCUUCGGUGCGCCAAACGUUGAAAAGAUCUUGUCGCUGCACAAAAGGGCAAUGUUGAAUCCCAAGUCCAAGCCCAGCGACCUGGGCAGAUUACCCACUGUUGUCGUCAAUGAUCGUGACCACCGGAUUCAGAUCCACCAGGCGAUCCGACGGAUUUUCAGCUCGCAACUCGAGUCCUCGACAGACAGCGAAGGGACGAUGGUCAUCUCGGCUUCCUCGAACCGGAACAAGCGCGGUAACCAGAAUGCUGGACGUGGCGGCUCAAAGGAAGGCGGCCGAACGCGCGUCAACUGGGAUGAGCUGGGAGGACCGUAUCUACAUUUCACCAUCUACAAGGAGAACAAGGACACUAUGGAGGUCAUCUCAUUUAUCGCCCGUCAGCUCAAGAUGAACCCGAAGAGCUUGCAGUUCGCCGGCACAAAAGACAGGCGUGGAGUGACGGUGCAACGAGCGUGCGCACUCCGCGUGCACGCUGAUCGCCUGGCGAAGCUCAACCGGACCCUUCGCAACGCUGUAGUUGGAGAUUUCGAGUACCGGCGCCAUGGCCUCGAGCUCGGAGACCUCAACGGUAACGAGUUUGUUGUUACGCUGCGCGAUUGUGAGAUUCCAGGCAUUGACAUCCAGAACCGUGAAGCCGCCGUAGCAAAGGCUACGGAGCUCGCAAGCUUAUCACUCAAAAACCUCUACCAACGAGGCUACUUCAACUACUACGGUCUCCAGCGCUUUGGGAGUUUCACAACCCGCACCGACAUGGUCGGUGUCAAGAUCCUCCAAGACGACUACAAGGGCGCCUGUGAUGCCAUCCUCGACUACAGCCCUCAUGUCCUCGCCGCCGCGCAAGCCGGCGAAGCCUCAACAGUAAACAUCAGCUCCGAAGACAAGGCACGCGCGCAGGCGAUUCACAUCUUCCAAACAACCGGCCAAGUCAGCGCCGCGCUAGACAAAAUGCCUCGCAAGUUCUCCGCAGAGUCCAACAUCAUCCGCCACCUCGGCCGUUCCAAAAACGACCACCUCGGUGCCCUGCAGACCAUUCCGCGUAACCUCCGACUCAUGUACGUCCACGCUUACCAAUCACUCGUUUGGAAUCUGGCUGUCGGCGAGCGCUGGCGCUUAUACGGCGAUCGCGCUGUAGAGGGUGACCUCGUCCUCGUUCACGAGCACCGCGACAAGGACGGCUCUGCCGCAUCAUCCACGACAACAGAAGCAGGCGCAGUAACCGUCGACGCAGACGGCGAGGUCAUCAUUGCCCCACAGGAGGGGGACAGCGCCUACGCCGCCGAAGACACCUUCAUGCGCGCGCGAGCCCUGACCGCCGACGAAGCCACCAGCGGCAAAUACACCAUUUUCGACAUCGUUCUGCCCCUCCCCGGCUUCGACGUCAUCUACCCCGCCAAUCAAAUGACAGACUUUUACAAGACGUUCAUGGGUAGUGCGCGCGGCGGCGGUCUCGACCCGUUCAAUAUGCGUCGCAAGUGGAAAGACGCGAGUCUGAGCGGGAGCUACCGGAAGAUUCUGAGCCGGAUGGGCGCGGAUUAUUCGGUCGAUGUCAAACUGUACUCCCGCGAUGAUGAGCAGUUUGUGCAGACGGAUUUGGAGGCAUUAUCUGCCAAGUCAAAUAACACCGAUGUGAAAGAGGAGGGUGAAGCUGCUGCAGCGGACAAAAUCGCUGUUGUGCUCAAGUUCCAACUCGGUUCGAGCCAGUAUGCUACCAUGGCACUGAGAGAGUUGAUGAAGGGGAGGGUAAAGGCUUAUCAACCUGAUUUUGGAGGCGGUCGGUAA